CUUGACGGGCGCGCUCCCUGUUUCUAGCUCUCUCCUUUCGCCUUCGUCGCGUCUAACCUUCCCACUGCUUUGGCGCUGCCGCCCCGCAACUCCUGUCUCCGGAGCCGUCCCUCCCCAUGUUCCGGGGCAGGAGUCCUGAAAGCAAAGACCCGUUCGCCGGUACCCCAUCAUGUCCGAAUUGACUAAAGAGCUGGUGGAGCUGGUGUGGGGCACCAAGAGCUGUCCCGGUCUCUCUGACACCAUCUUCUGCCGCUGGACGCAAGGGUUUGUGUUUAGUGAAUCAGAGGGAUCUGCAUUAGAACAGUUUGAAGGUGGCCCCUGUGCUGUUAUUGCACCUGUUCAGGCAUUUCUUUUGAAGAAGCUCCUGUUUUCUUCUGAGAAGUCGUCUUGGAGGGAUUGCCCAGAGGAAGAGCGGAAGGAACUCCUUUGUCACACCUUAUGUGAUAUUUUAGAAAGUGCCUGUUGUGACAAUUCUGGAUCAUACUGCUUGGUUUCAUGGUUAAGAGGAAAGACAGCCGACGAAACUGCUAGUAUUUCUGGGAGUCCUGCAGAGUCUAGUUGCCAAGUGGAACAUUCUUCUUCUGCCUUGGCUGUCGAAGAGCUUGGCUUUGAGCGAUUUCAUGCAUUAAUUCAGAAAAGAUCAUUUAGAAAUUUAUCUGAAUUAAAAGAUGCUGUCUUGGACCAGUAUUCAAUGUGGGGAAACAAAUUUGGAGUAUUGCUUUUUCUGUAUUCUGUGUUACUGACAAAGGGCAUUGAAAACAUAAAAAACGAAAUUGAAGAUUCAACUGAGCCUUUGAUAGAUCCUGUGUAUGGGCAUGGCAGCCAAAGUUUAAUUAACCUCCUAUUGACGGGACAUGCUGUUUCUAACGUAUGGGAUGGUGAUAGAGAAUGCUCAGGAAUGAAACUUCUUGGUAUACAUGAACAGGCAGCAGUAGGAUUCUUAACUUUAAUGGAAGCUUUAAGAUACUGUAAGGUUGGUUCUUACUUGAAAUCUCCAAAAUUCCCUAUUUGGAUUGUUGGCAGUGAAACUCACCUCACCGUAUUUUUUGCCAAGGAUAUGGCUUUGGUUGCCCCUGAGGCUCCUUCAGAACAAGCCAGGAGAGUUUUUCAAACCUAUGAUCCAGAAGAUAAUGGAUUCAUACCUGAUUCACUUCUAGAAGAUGUGAUGAAAGCGUUGGACCUUGUUUCAGAUCCUGAAUAUAUAAAUCUCAUGAAGAAUAAAUUAGAUCCAGAAGGAUUAGGAAUCAUACUAUUGGGUCCAUUUCUUCAAGAAUUUUUUCCUGAUCAGGGCUCCAGUGGUCCCGAGUCGUUUACUGUCUACCACUACAAUGGACUGAAGCAGUCAAAUUAUAACGAAAAGGUAAUGUAUGUAGAAGGGACUGCAGUUAUUAUGGGUUUUGAAGAUCCCAUGCUACAAACAGAUGACACUCCUAUUAAACGCUGUCUUCAAACCAAAUGGCCAUACAUCGAAUUACUCUGGACCACAGAUCGCUCUCCUUCACUAAACUGAUUUGCAUAAGUAUUUAAAAAGAAGAUGGUAAUAGCAGAUGUUGAAAGAGAGAUGCAAGACUGGCAAUUGGCUAUACACUGGUAUCACUGACUAAUUGUAAAUAACACAAGAACACAUUUUCAGUGUUUAAGAUAUGUUUAAAUUAUUUAUGUUAAAGUUUACCCUAUUUUAACUCUGUGUGAAAUUUACUAGCAAAAUUAAGCUUUAAUCAAAGUUCACCACUUUUGCAGUCAGAUAAUUGGUCAUUUAUCAAAUUACAAACAUUGUUUAAUACUAUAGCAUUUGUAUAUUGAGUAUCAAAGUUACUAUUUAUAAACUUCUAUUUUGGGAUUUUAUUUCAUUCAGGCAUAUUUUAUUGUUUAAAUGAUUCUGGCUUGCAAUAUAUCAGCCAUCACAUUUAAAUGCAGAAGAGUUACUUUUUAUUUCUUUUUAAAAAUCUGUUUCCCAUUAGAAAUACUAAUAAAUAACAAAUUAUCAACUUAGAUCUUUUCACAAUUGGCUUAGCUCUGGCAUGUUUAUAAAAAAUAGAAACUAUAAGGGAACAUUACCAUUUAUUCACAGAUAUAUAGAGAAUGUAUUUUUAAAAAGAUAGUAAAGCGAAUCUGUUUAAUAGUCUUAACACUGUUAACUUUCACUGUAUUGCCAAAUACACUCUUCUAUAUUUGUCCCAACAGCCCAGUAAGCCAGGUUUUUUUGUAAAUUUAUAAGUAUGAUAAAUGCAUGAAAACAUCUGUUAUUACAUUACUAUAUUGCAUUAUUUAUUACAAUCCUAGUGGAUGACCUAAAUAAACACUUCUUUUCUUUAAA